CUUCUGCCCUCUCUGCUCAAGCUUAUAGCCGAAUUUCCCUUUUCCCUCUCCCUGGAAUGUCUCAACCCAGGUCGGAAAUGCCGGAGAUACUCCCAUCAGAGGGCCCGGUAAAUGGAAUCGGAGCACCCCAGGUGGUCAGUUCAUUGGAGACUGUCGGAUCGAAGCGCCAACGGCGGCCAAGCGUCCGAUUGGGCGACAUUGGUGGCGACCAGCCUUACGAUACCCAUGUGCGGAGAGCCGCUGCUGCCUCCGCCAAGCAGUGGAAGCACCAAUCCAACCAUUCUUUGAAUCCCUCUGUCGGUGCGAAGUCCUCUAAGACUCGCCCUCUCACCAAUCUGACUUCGGAAUUCAACAACGAAAUUCUCGAUGAUGAGAAAGACGGGAACAUCAACAACAACGGCAACAACAACGGUAAUUUGGAUAGCGUCGCAAUUGGAAGCUGGAAGGUUAAGGAUCCUAAAAAGCGGGGUUCUUCUGCUACGAAAAGGGUUCGAUCCAAUUGGGUGUCUAAAGUCGACGAUGGUGGCGGUGGUGGAAACGGGAACAGUCACAAUGUGGAAUUGGAAGAUAAAUACAGUGGAGGUGAGGAUGUUGAUGAUUUUGAUAUGGAUAAUUCUGAGAGUCCCUUGAAAGAGCAAAGUCCAAUUCACUCACUAGACCACUUGGGUGUGGAUGGUAAUGAAAGAGAGGGGCUUUAUCAUGGGAACAGUAGUAGAAGGCCAUCUAGGGCUAGGGUUUUGGAGAACAGGGACCAUCAUGAUGGUAUGGAGCUAUCUGGACCAUCUGAUACAGAUAUGAGGAGGUGUGGAGAGGACGGAGUGAGAAUAUGGUUGAAUAGUUUGGGGUUGGGGAGGUAUGCACCGGUUUUUGAAAUUCAUGAAGUGGAUGAUGAGGUAUUGCCAUUGUUGACUCUGGAGGAUUUGAAGGAUAUGGGAAUAAAUGCAGUUGGUUCUCGGAGGAAGAUGUUUUGUGCAAUUCAAAAGUUGAACAAGGGCUUUUCAUAAGCUUCUUUCUUUCUCUCUUUUUGUGAUGUAGGUUUUUGAAGGAGAAAUUUCUCAGCCAUGGCAAUGUAAGAAAUCAUGUCUGAACCAGUUUGAGCCUUUUUAGUAUUUGCUUAUAAUUCUCUUAUUGGUGUAGUACUAGGAAUAGUUUUGGAAUGGGUAGGUUCUUUUGUUAGUGUCUUCUUCUAGCAGUAUAUGACUAUUAGUCUAAUGCAAUUUUCUGG